AUGUCUUCCAAAAGCCUCGGUCCCACCGCCAAUUUGAUUCGCAACUCGCGCCUCAUGGCCAUGCCACAGCCCUUAGCCCAUACCCUCUCCGACUCCCAGCUCUUUCGUGCUCCUUACCCGACUCAUCAAGCUAUUACCACCCCGGAGUCCUCUCGUGCUAGAGGAGAUUGGGGCCUAAAGCGCUCCAUGCCACGAAAAGUCGAAAGCACGUAUAUCAAAUACAACGACAUCGACACUAUCGAGCACAUGACAAAGAUUGAAUCCGCCCAUGACACUGUUAUGACCUUGAAAAAAUGGCAGGAAAUGGAUAUACCCUUACAGCUUCGGGACCAACGUGCUAGGAGCUUCACUUCCGCCUUUUACUUUGAAAAUACUCCCCCUCCAGAGAGUCAACCCGAUAGUAUCCAGCCAAUCUGGGGUUAUAGGAAAAAAUUCGUCCAACAUAUGACACCAGGACAACUAAAGAACUUCGCAAUCAAGAAACUAGUCCCUCGCAGAAAAGAGUUCGAGGCAUUUGCGGAUCUGUGGUUCAGUCCCCCCGCCCCAGCAACGAAUCCAUCGGAGCCGUCUUCCUCACAUCUUAAAACCGAGACCGGCGCCGAAUCAUCACCAUCAACAUCACCAUCAACAUCACCAUCAACAUCACCAUCAACAUCAACACCAGCAGCAGUAACAACAGUCCCCGGGAUUUCAGACCCUUUUGUGCUGCCAAACUUCACCGUUGACUCCCUUAGUCCUGCUUUAAAAACCGCUAGAUUUGAUUCCACAAAGGCCUAUAAUGCUGUCCGCGAAUUUCUCCAAAUACCCCUUCGGGAAGUACCCAUGACGAUACACCCUUCCGCAGGCAUGCACUACACCCUUGACACUUCAUACUUGGAGAAUCAUCCAGAAUAUGGCCCGAAUCGCAACAAAGAAGUCCGAGCUCGACUCAUCCACAAAUUAGAUAGCAGAACCAUCGAUACUUAUCGAAAGCGAACAUUUUACGUCAUUGGAGGCAUCGUUCAAUACGCCCAACACGAAAGCUCGCCCUCGAACGAGCAGACAUCAUACUCUAUUUCCCAGCUAAUCAGGGUUACCCCCCUUGCUGCUGAGCUCGACCACCAAGGUAGAAUCAGUAUCGAAUUAAACCGAUUCGUCCCCAUUCAACUCUACCAAGAACUUAUAGGAAAGAGCGCCGAGAAAUUUAAAUUCGGUGAGAAUAAAGACGAAUUCGACUCCUAUAAGAACGCCUCUAGUUCCCCGAAUACCCCGCUAAAGGACGGGCGGGGCAAGUCCGUUGACCAGCCAGGAGAGAUGGACCAGAGGCUAGUCUCCUUGCUCGAUUUUCUGAAGGAUAAUAGCAAAUCUAGUCCUUAA